CAUAUCCUAUCUUCCGCCCAUUUCUUUUUCCCCCCCUUCCCGCUUCUGCUUGCUUCUUGCUAUCUUGCUUUCUUGUUUCUGAGUAGACAAUAGCCCUUCGUUUCUUUCUUCGCGCAGUCACCACGACCGCAACCCGCUCCUUUCUGGAUAUCUGCCUCAGUCCUCACCAUGAGGUAAACUGCCAUCCUCCUCUCUCUCCUCGACAAUGGAGGCCCUUCCUCGAUUGGCCCGCAGCGGCCAGCGACACCUACAGCUCCGCCUGCGCCCUGUUCCUAAUCUCCAUAUCUCUCCUCGACUGAAAUCUACUCAGACGUUGAGAGCAUGUCUGCAAUCCUCAAGGUCCCUAUCGACACUUCGAAUAGCGCAAUUACCUGCUAGAAAUCCGCGCAUUGGGCUGUCGAAGCUCCCCUCUCGUCUCAUCUAUCCUGCCCCUGUAGGGACAGUGCGAUACAUUUCCACCAAAGAGCUGCCUAACAACAAGGGACCCUUUGUCAGGUUCUGCUACCGCAUCUUCGCAUGGACCGGCAUCUUCAUCGUCUUCUCCGGUACAUUGGUCCUCGCUUUCUUUCUCUACGAUGCCUCCACAUACCGCGAGGAACCCGAUCCAACUGGCGACAUCGCUGUGUCGGAAGCUGCACUGUCACCCAGAAGAGGAGGCCCCAAGAAUUUGCCCAUCGCAGAGGUGUUGGUGGAUGACGAGGAUUGUGACCACAUGCGAGAGCAAAAGGACAAGCCAAAAUUGGUCGUUCUUGGGACUGGCUGGGGGAGUGUCGCCAUGUUGAAAGAACUACACCCGGGCGAUUACCACGUCACUGUCGUCUCCCCGGACAAUUACUUCCUGUUUACACCCAUGCUGCCUUCUGCCACUGUGGGCACCCUUGAGCUGCGAUCCCUGGUCGAACCCGUUCGCAGGAUUGUCAAUCGGUUGAGAGGCCAUUUCUUAAGGGCUGAAGCUGUCGACAUUGAGUUCACAGAGAAGCUGGUUGAGGUAGCCCAGGUGGAUGCCGACGGUAACAGGCAACAUUUCUAUCUUCCCUACGACAAGUUGAUUAUCGGGGUUGGCUCCACCACCAAUCCCCAUGGCGUCAAAGGCUUGGAACACUGUAACUUCCUCAAGACCAUAGAAGACGCGCGCCUCAUCAAGAACAAGGUUUUGCGCAACCUCGAACUUGCCUGUCUGCCUACCACCUCUGACCAAGAAAGACGGAGACUGCUCUCCUUUGUCAUCAGUGGCGGUGGCCCGACAGGUGUUGAGUUUGCCGCAGAACUGUACGACAUGCUGAACGAAGACCUCCUGAAAUCAUUCCCCAGGAUCUUACGGAACGAAGUGUCAGUGCACGUCAUCCAGUCGCGAGGUCACAUCCUCAAUACUUAUGACGAAGCCCUCUCGGUCUAUGCCGAGAAGCGAUUCGAACAUGAUCACGUCGAAGUCCUGACGAACUCACGAGUCAGGGAGGUCAAACCCGAUCGAAUCAUCUUCUCACAGAUGGAGGACGGGAAGCCGGUUACAAAGGAGCUGCCCAUGGGAUUUUGUUUGUGGUCAACCGGUGUCGCGCAGACUGAAUUGAGCCGCAAGGUCGCCCAAAAGCUAGGCGAGUUCCAGAACAACCGACACGCCCUCGAGACCGAUUCACAUCUGCGGCUCCAAGGAGCACCACUGGGAGAGGUCUACGCCAUUGGAGACUGCGCAACGGUCCAAAACAAUGUCGCGGACCACCUCACCACUUUCCUUCGUGGCAUGGCAUUCGAACAGGGUAAAGAUCCAGAGAAAAUGCACAUCACCUUCCAGGAUUGGCGGAACGUUGCGCAAAAGGUGCGCAAGCGAUUCCCCCAAGCAGCCGGCCAUCUCAAACGCCUCGACAAGCUGUUUCAGGAAUAUGACAAGGAUAAGUCUGGCACGUUAGAUUUUGGCGAACUGCACGAACUGCUCGUCCAGAUUGAUUCCAAACUGACCUCUCUUCCCGCCACGGCUCAACGUGCGAACCAACAAGGCCAGUAUCUUGGUCGGAAAUUCAACAAGAUUGCUGCCGCCAUCCCCGGCUUCAAGGCCAACGAGGUCGACUUUGGCGACCUCGACGAAGCCGUCUACAAGGCCUUUGAGUAUCACCACAUGGGUUCGCUGGCUUACAUUGGAAACGCCGCCAUUUUUGAUUUCGGCGGGCUGAAUUUCAGCGGCGGGUUGAUGGCCGUCUACCUGUGGAGGAGCAUUUAUUUUGCACAAAGCGUCAGUUUCCGGACGAGGAUGUUGUUGGCGAUGGAUUGGAGCAAGAGAGCGCUCUUUGGAAGAGACUUGAUGAGCUUUUGAACAGUCACCUCGCAAUAUACGGCCGCAGAGCGAUGCACGGGAAGUGAAGACGACGGUGAUCCUUGCGACCAGUGGAUUUUUCUGCACUUCCGCAGCCGUCAUCAAUCCUUCGCCUGGAUGGAGAAGCUCAGCGUUGGGUUAGAUCGACAACCCCAAUCAGCCCGGGGCGUUAAACUGUGUUAACGACUAGGGAUGAUUACUGAUACUACUCGCCUGGAAUGGUCAAGUUAUUGAGUGAAAAGAUGGGAGAUGAGGGCCGGGGUUUCCGUCCAGAAUCAGGACUAUAGAUUAGAGUAGUCGACACUAGAAGAGAGAGAGAGACACACACAAGCAAGUCCAGGAAAGACCCGAAAAAUCCCACAAAGUUGGGAUGAUCGAAAGAGAUACGACUGGAGACGGAAGAGAAAACAAGACAAAGAACACAGAGAGUGUGAGUCGAAUGGCACAUAUUUUCCAUCAGUGUAUAUCAAAUCUUAUGUUUAUUCUUCUUGGUUGUAUGUCCGGCCUCGGGGGAGAAUAGAAGAGGAUUGUAUACAACGGACGUGCUGAUUCCUGACGGGUUGGAUGUUUAGUCAAUGACCUCCCACUGAAUCUGUCUUGGUCUUCAAUCUCUGAUCCCCCA